AUGCCGACGGAUGAGCACUCGGAAAAGGUUAAGGAAUUGGAACAGAAGCUUCUUGAGAAAGAUAAUGAGAUAAAGGCAUUGACCACUAAGAAUCAAACUUUGGAAGAGGAAAAUGAGAAAAUUGAAGGCGAGUUGGAAGAUCUCAAAAAGGUUGCUGGAGAAUCGACUCAGCUUAAAUCUUCUAACGAGAACUACACCAAGAAGAACUCCAUGUUGGAGGAGGAGUUGGAAACUUCUGAUAAGAACUUGAAGGAAACUACCGACAAGUUGAGAGACACCGAUGUUAAGGCUGAGCAAUUGGAGAAGAAGGUCACUUCCUUGGAGACUGAAAAGGCUGAGCUUGAGACCAAAUAUGACGAACUGGAGGAGAAGUACAAGAAGGCUGCUCAAGAGUUGGAGGAGAUCAACCAACAGUUAGAGGGUAUAUAA